GUUGACUUAAGGUCAAUUCGUUUUCUUUUGAUUCAAUUCUCGUUUGGAACAAUUUCGUUGCUCAAUCUUGCCAAUCCGUCGUUACCUAUAUAUUUCCCGAUCAAAGCUCUUCGAGACCUGAAAUUUCGUUAUUACUUCGAUUCCUUUUCACUUCCAGUUUAAUCUCUCCACCGUUCCUCUCCGGCGACACUCCGAUGACUUACCGAAUCGCCCAAGGGAUUUAGUCCGCCACGAUAUGAAAGGAGGAUGAAGAGGACAAGUGGAUAUAUAUAAGGGUGUGAAAACGACGCCGGAUUUGCGAAUCGUUUCGGAUGGACAUUUUUGUUUACUUCUCUCCUUCUCUGGCCACUCUUCCUCCUUCUGCUGGACCAAUACUGCUCAUAGGGAUGAUGGCGUUAAAAGAGAUGAAUCGCGAUUUGUGUAUUGCUGAGGAUUUUUAUGCGCAGAAGUGUUUAUGGAAACUUGAAGGUAUUGGGGACUUUCAUCACAGAAUGGGAUGAAGUAAAAGCUACCUGCAAAGAGAUGCUUGCCACAAGGGAGUCUGCUCAGAUGUAUGCAGUGCGUUUGGCAGAACUUGCUACUUCUCUAGGCUUUGAUGGGUGGCUGAUAAUCAUCGAGAUGAAGAACAGAUUCCGAAUUUGAAGUAAUUCCUAAACCAUCUAACAAAAGUCUUGUAUUUAUCUGCACCUGGGGCUUUAGUUAUAUGAUGGGUUGCUCAGAAGUUUUUUGUUGUCCGUUUUGCAAUCCACUUCGAUCUGAUUACUUUCUCCAAGUAUAACAGUGUCAUUGGUGGUGGGCAAUGGACUGUAUGCCUGAUAAAAUCUCUGAUUUUGCAUCUUUGUUGGUGACACAGUGAAAACCAAUAAUAUGUACAUUAGUAUUUUCUUCCUUGUCCGCUGCUUUUUACAUGCUAGGUAAAUGCUGCUCUAUUUGCUGAAGAGAAACAAUGUGUCAGCUGCCAUGUUUGCUCCUGGAUGGGUAUAUGAGACUGCACAACAACCCAAUUUUAAUUCGGCUCAGAAUAAAUGGUGGUCACUUGUCGAGAAGUCAUGUGGAAUAGUCCAAACUAUCCACAAGUCUUCCCUUUUUACUCGGAUUUCAAUCAGGGCUUUGGUUACCAUGUUUCACUCCAAGGUCUCCAACAGUCAGAUUGUUGCUUUUAGUUUUAUUCUUCACAGAUGCCCCAUGGUACAACAUUUCUGCCAAAGUCUUCAGCCUCUCCUAGAACUCAAUGAAGACAACAAGGAUGUCAUUCAGGCCACUCUUGAUACUCGAGAGGCAUCUUUUAACGGAGGAGACUACAUCACUUUUAGAGGAAAACUCGAGGGAGAUGCGUAUUUCACAACAAGGCUCUUCAAAUCCCAUCUUCAUCUUUCAUCUUCCCCCAUCACAAUUUCUUUCUCUGUGACAUCAGAUGAAACCUCUAAACAUGGAAUCCUGCUUUCUUUCUCAUCUCCAUCACACGAGACGAAAUCCAUUCUCGUUUCACGACAAGAAUCCAUCUGUAGAUUCAACAACAUGUUCUUACAGUGUCUCGCCACGUCAGCGCAGACUGUAUCCGAGUGGACAGUACAGGAGACAAGCCUUGUCCUGGAUGAUCAUGUUCAGUACCAGCAGAAACCCGAGACUUUACUUCCGGCAUCACCGUUGGUCAUUGAAGCUCAUAACAUGGAGCUUGUACCCGGUUAUUCUGGUUCCAAGAGCCUCAGGGUUAAGCUAGAAUGGAGACAGAAAGACCUUGAAGAUUCUGCAUUCCCAAGGUACAAUGUGUAUGCGGAGAAUGUAAAGUCUACUGAUCUAAGACCGAGGAAGGUUCUAGAGAAGCCGAGAAGCGAAACAGUGUUUCUCGGAGUCGCUCACGUACCAUCCUAUUACAUAGCAGAACUGGUGGUAGAAUCAGACGUGAAAGGAGUCCGCUUUGUGUUCAAGCCUGUGCUAAAGAUGCUACGAUUCACUUAUCAUGGUGGGGCUGGUCGGAAUCGCAAUUGUCAUUUCUUGCUUUCAAUGAUUUUGCUUGUGGGAAUCGACGUGGAGUACAAUGUCUCCUAUGUCUACCAUGCCCUAGAUGCCUACAUCGAGAGAGACAAUGUCGGCUUGAAAGGUUUCACCAAGUUCUUUAACGAUUCAAGUCUUGAAGAACGAGGUUAUGCUGAGAAGUUUAUGGAGUAUCAGAUGCAUUGUUUGCGAUGGAGCUUGCACUGACUUUGGAGAAACUUAUUAAUGAAAAGCUUCUGAAGUUACAAAGUGUUGGUGUGAAGAACAAUGAUGUUAAGCUGGUUGAUUUUGUAGAAUCUGAGUUUCUAGGCGAGCUGGUCGAAGCCAUCAAGAAAAUCUCAGAGUACAUAGAUGGAACAAAAAUAAGGUCAAUGCAGUGGUGAAGCUGAGAUCGGAUGUUUCUGAUAU